GCCACUCUCCUGCCAACAUAGGCCUGCAGGCCUCGGCAAUGCUCUCUGAGAGGAAAAAUAAAGUUGCACGCUCGGAGUCUCUUGUUGUCAGCCGGUGAGGUGUUCAAAACUGCUUACCUCGUCGUCCCCAGACGGCACUGUCGCAGUCCACACGCAGUCCAGCUCCAACCAGGUGCCAUCGAUUCAACGCCAAGGAAUUUUCCAACUGAACGAGGGCAUGGAGACGCUCCCGGACGACGCGCUGCUCGAGGUGAUGCAGUACCUGAAAAUAGAGGACCUGCUCGCCUGCCGCCUCGUGUGCCGUCGGCUUGGGGCCCUGGCGAUGCUCCCGGAGCUUUGGCGGCACCAGCGCCUCAAACUCGUCUCCUCUGACGACACCCCUCGUUACAACCAGUGCUCUGUGCUGCGCCUGGCGCCGUGCCUGCGCGCAUGGCACGUCGACGUCCCGCUUCAGAAGUUUCACUCGUUGUACACCACGACCAGGUGUGCCGUCAAGAAGCUAGCAUUGAGUAUGUAUCACGUGUCAGAGGAAGCUGCUCUUGAAGCAAGCCUUGUCAUCCGCAACCAGGCUGCGCUCGGCCGGCUAAGGAGACUAAGUGUGUUGCGUCCUUAUACUGGCCGUAAGGCUAUCGAGAAAAUAUCUGUGCUGCUCGGGACGGUGGCGUCGACGCCACUCCUAGAAAAACUAAAGCUUACAGGAUUCGCGUUCUACCCGCCCUCAGCAUUGGUCGGUCUUCACAGGUUGUUUCCCGAAUCGUCCCUGAAGAGCUUUGAACACGAUCCGGAUGACUCAGAGGCGGAGUCCCUCUGCGACUUUAUCCUGUCCACGCACGCUGCCACAUUGCAGACCGUUAACCUCGGCUACUACCCCCUGACCUCGACGUCAACUGCAACUCUCCUGGCGGGAAUACCAAAUCUUCGUCGGCUGGAGUGUGGCGUGAUGCCCGGGCUGGAGGCCGUGGCCGGGUGCAAGCUACUGAGGGAAAUAGGACUCUGCGUAGCGUACGACGGCGAAGCCCGCACCGUCGCCGAGUUCCUUCGCCGAGCCACCCAACUGGUCAAGGUGACGUUCCAGUAUGACUCCCAUGAAUUUAUGGCCCUUUCCUCCGACGUGGAUUUUGUGCUAGCUCUGGCCACGACCGGGCGCUCCCGCCUGGAGGAACUGGAAAUCGACGUGUAUGAGGAACACUUCCCUCAGCAGCAGUCUCUGCUCAAGGCGCUGCCACGCCUGCCGGCGCUCAAGCACCUGGAGGUGCGAGGCGAGGCAAGCGACGACUUCCUGCUCGGCAUCUCGCCCGCCAAGGCGCCGGCCCUGCGCACCCUCAAGGUAUUCACAAUAAGCGCCAAGUGUGCGCACGACGCACUGCACCAGGGCUCGGUGCAGAACCUCCUGUCCUUGAACCCCGACCUGAAGUUUUCCACCCAUGAGCUAAGCUACUGCUACACAGAUGAACGUUGCGCGUGGUGUACGCUUGGCUGCCACCAGGAGAUGCGGCAAGACUUGGACCCACCACUACAGCAUUCUGCCGACUGGGUCACUAUUUCUCGAUUGUGAAAUUAGUUGUUUAUUUUUCAUUAAUCUUCAAUACUAAUAAUACAUUUCCCUUACCCUCCUAUCUGGACUAAAAACUAGAAUAAUUUGUCUUGUCUUUCACCUACGAUUGAAAUAUAUUAUCGUUUGUAUCAGGGAA